AUGGCUGGAGACAAUAAUAACAGCAAUGCCACCAAUCAACCUCACGAGUUGAACCCUCCCACUCAAACACUGUCUCAACCAUCACAACCUUCCCAAGCUGGAUCGGUACGAGCUCCAGCCAAUCAGACGGCAUCGCAACCAGCUCAGCCCAGGGGCCAACAGCCACUGUUCUCACAAGCAGAUUUGAACCGAAUUGUUCUUGAAUAUCUCAACAAGAAAGGAUACCAUAGAACAGAAUCAAUGUUGAGAUUAGAAAGCUCCAAUACUCCCACACCAGCAGUAACGCCUGUGAGUCCAGCGACAAGUCUGUUGGCUAGUCCAGGCGAAAUAGUAUCACCAGCCAAUGCUGCUAGAAGGGAAAAGGAAUUAAAAGAUAAAUUGAACAAGAACGACCGCGAGAUGAGAGAAUUGAAGGAAAGACAAGCCAGAGUAGAGCGAGAAUUGAGAGAAGCAAGAGACAGAGAAAUUCGCUUGGUUAAAGAGAAGGAAUUGCGCGAAAUCAAGGAUUUGGAAGAGAAGAAGAAACGCGAAAAUGAUCCAGACGUCUACUUCACUGUGUACUCUAUGUUGAAAAAAUGGGUUGAUACGUCGUUGGACUUGUACAAGCCGGAGUUAUCGCGUGUAUUGUAUCCGUUGUUCAUCCACUGUUUCUUUGAGUUGAUCUCGAAGAACUUCGUGGAUCUGGGAAAGCGGUUCUUUGACAAAUUUAAGAGCGACCAUAUUAUCUUGCACGGUGUAGAAAUCAACCAGUUGGCAGGCAUUCUGUUGCCAGAGCAUUUGAAGGAAAAUGAGUUGGCACUUGCUUACAGAAGAAAUAAGUACAAGAUCGUUGUUUCCAAGACGUCGAUGAAUUUGUUAUUGUACUUUUUGCACGAAAAUGAAGCUGUAGGUGGAGCUAUCUUGAUUCGUAUCAUCAACCAGUAUUUGGAUACAGUCAUUUCCAGCGCCAAGCUCGACAAAGUAGACCAGGAAGGCGAAGCCAAUCCCGAAGAAGGAAUUCCACAGUAUGUGGCCAAGACAAACGAAAUAGAUAAAUUCAACGAACAACUGGUAAAAUUGGGAAAAUUCCCUAUCGACCCUGAAGUCCAGAAGGAAGUAGAAGCUGAGCUCAAGGUUAAGGAUGAGAGAUCCUCUCCAGUAAAUGGAAAGACUUUGGUAGAAGAAUUCGCUGAAAUGACAAAACCAGAAACAGAUUCUCCAGCCAGAGAAGCUUUGCCUCUUCCUCUUAAGGACCAUGCUGAUAUCAAAAGAAUGAUAUUAGAUGUAGAGGAUUCCAGAUCCAAGAUCAAGUUGGGAGCCUUACAAGCGUCUGCCCCUUCCGUUUGUAUGUAUACUUUCCACAACACUUCCAACGACAUGACAUGCAUAGAUUUCAACGAGGAUUCCAAUAUGAUAGCUGCUGGAUUCCAGGACAGUUUCAUAAAGUUGUGGAGUUUAGAUGGAAGACCACUUAAAUCUGUAUUUAAGAGAGAUCGCUACAACUCUGACAACACCCGUAAGCUCAUUGGCCAUAGUGGUCCUGUUUAUAGCGUGUCAUUCUCACCAGACAACAGAUACCUUUUAUCUGGUUCAGAGGAUAAAACAGUGCGACUCUGGUCGCUUGACUCUUACACAGCUCUUGUAUCAUACAAGGGACAUAACCAGCCUAUUUGGGAUGUCAAAUUCUCACCAUUGGGCCACUACUUCGCUACAGCUUCUCACGAUCAAACUGCCAGGUUGUGGGCUACAGACCAUAUCUAUCCCUUGAGGAUAUUUGCUGGCCAUAUCAAUGACGUGGACUGCGUAGAAUUCCACCCUAACUCUAACUACGUGUUCACUGGUUCGUCUGACAAGACAUGUAGAAUGUGGGACGUACAGACUGGUAACUGCGUCAGAGUGUUUAUGGGCCACACUGGGCCUGUGAACUGCAUGGCAGUUUCUCCAGACGGUAGAUGGCUAGCCAGUGCUGGCGAAGACAGUGUAGUCAACAUCUGGGACGCUGGAACUGGCAGACGUUUGAAGACAAUGAAGGGUCAUGGCCGUUCUUCUAUCUACUCUUUGUCCUUUUCUAGAGAUGGUGGUGUCUUGGUUAGUGGAGGUGCCGAUAAUACUGUGAGAGUAUGGGAUGUCAAGAGAGACACAAAUGAUGCUGGACCGGAGCCAGAGAUGUUUUCAUCUGUAGAAAAUGGCUCCAGCAAUGGCUCUGAUCCAGAAGCUGCCAGAGCCAAAGCUGUAGAUAAGGUCAAUAAGAAGGAAAUCAUAGCGACUAGCGACCAUAUGACGGCUUACUUCACUAAGAAAACUCCCGUGUACAAGGUCCAUUUCACAAGAAGAAACUUGUGUCUUGCUGGUGGAGCAUUCAUGAGUUAG